UCCCCCCACUCCCACACGACCCUUCCUCGGCGUGCUUUAGCCGAUUCCGGUCCUCACAAAUUCUAGAGAAUAUUUUUUUUCUAAAACCCCGCCUGAGAGUCCCAUUUCUUCUUUAUGUUGAUCCCUUUUGUGAAAUUUGACUUUUUCUGUAGGGAGGAAAAAAUAAGAAUUUUGACUGAGAGUUGACUUAUUUGACUGAUUGAUCGAUUGGUAGAUCAUCAUCAAUCGAACGGUUUAAAAAGUUUAGUAGCUUUCGAGUUUCGAGCUCCGCGAUGAAAUUUGCAAGAUCUAUUACUGAAUUGGGGAGUAAUUAUGACGUCCAAAAACAAGAAUUGGGGAGUAAUUAUUGCAAUUUAUAGUGAUUAGUCUUUUAAUUGGACUGUUUAUUAAUGGAAGGAAUUAAAGGUUAUCCAUUAAUGAAUAAUGGGAAUAAAUUUCAGGGGGUGCUUGAAGUGAGAAGGUUGAUGGGGAAUUUAUGGUUGCUUUACUUAGAAUUAACCAAUUGACAAUGUUUUAAAGUAGCCGAGGUCCUUCUUCUUCAACCCAAGAUUGAAACUUGAAAGGUCUGCUUUAUCUAGUUCAGUUGUCAUUGUUGGUACCAUGGGUGUCUCAGGAAAAUGGAUCAAAGCAUUGGUUGGCUUGAAAAAAACAGACAAGUCACAAUCCUCAGAGAAGAAAGUAAAUAGGGGAGCUACCAGCAAAUUUCGUCACCGAAGGAAGCAUUCCAUUGAUUUUGACACAGAUAAACUUCAAGAAGGGUUGGAUCAGAAUGCUGCUUCACCAGCCAGAGAUGCUAAUACUCAAGCAAUUGCAGAUGCUGCUGGCUCCCCCUCUGGUUCACUUGAAGUGCGUGAUGCAGCUCUUAAUGAACUUGUAAUGGAAGAAUGGGCUGCCACAAGGAUACAAACAGCUUUCCGUGGGUUUCUGGCUAGAAGAGCACUCCGAGCCUUAAAAGGAUUGGUCAGACUACAGGCCCUGGUGAGGGGUCAUGCUGUAAGAAAACAAGCUGCAAUGACCCUUCGCUGCAUGCAAGCUUUGGUGAGAGUUCAGGCUCGCAUAAGAGCAAGGCGUGUUCGACUGACAUUAGAAAGUGAAACUGCCCAACAGAAACAUCAGCAACAACUUGCAGAUGAGGCUCGCGUUAAAGAAAUAGAGGAAGGGUGGUGCGAUAGUAUAGGAUCUGUUGAAGAAAUCCAAGCCAAGUUACUAAAGAGGCAAGAGGCUGCAGCUAAACGUGAGAGAGCCAUGGCAUAUGCUCUGGCUCAUCAGUGGCAAGCAGGAUCAAGACAACAAUCUGUGCCUGCUGGAUUUGAACCAGACAAAAGCAGCUGGGGUUGGAACUGGCUGGAGAGAUGGAUGGCUGUACGUCCAUGGGAGAAUCGUUUUCUCGACAUUAAUCUUCAGGAUGGAGUAGUGGCCUGUGAGGAUGGUUCUGCAGAGGGAAAGAAUGGUGCCAAUUCUCAGAUAAAACCUGCUAUCAAGAAGCCAGCUGCAUCGAAUCUUCAUGCUAACCUGUCAAAUCUAAAAAUAGGUCUGUCAUAUUCUGAAGGGAGUGAUUCUCCACCUGGUAAGUCAGCAAAUGUGGUAGAUGCGGUCAAUGCAUUAUCUUCCAAGCCAAAGUCCAAACCAAUCAUUGAAGAUUUGGGUGAAGAAGCUGGCUCAAAACCUGUUAUUACUUCAAGAUCUCGCAGCAAUCCUAAGGAGAGGUCCAUAAAAUCAGAUAAACUGGUGACAAAGAGAUUGUCUCUACCUAACAGUGGUAAGCUCUCUCUCUGUUGUCCACAAUAUAUAGGUGAAGGAACCGGAUCUCAAACCAGCAAGACAGGCAAAACUGCUGCAAAAGUGACACCGGGCUCUAACAAGCCAAUAAAGGACAGGUCCAAGUCCAACGGACGUGGGGACUCAAAUCCUACAAAAAAUAUGGCACAGGCCGUUGAUCUGUAAGGAAGUAUUUGUGAUGACAAACCUGUCGGGGCUGCCAUCCACCCAGGUCUUGUUAUAGUAUGUAUAUAGUAUAUUAUAUAUAUAUUGAAUUACAGCGCGAGAUGUUAUGGCUUUAUUUUCCUGUCAUAAAAUUGCUCCAUCUCCGUGGUAGAGUUGAGAUUGGUUUGGCUUGGCUUGGUUUGUCAUGGGAAUAAGCCAAUAAGGUCAGUAGAUUUCAUGUGUUAAUGUUGUAAAUCAGUUGUGAUUAAAUGUGACAGAAUGUUUAAUCCAUCCUUCUUAGAGGUUCACAAGUAAAAA